AUGGAAGUCAAGGACUCAGCCAUGAAGGAGGGUUUCAGCAAAGACACGAUAGAAAACUCACUGUUUUCGUUCAAUGCAAGGCUCAGCAAAUCGCAACAGAAUGUGUUGUUUGAUAUUUUAGCCUCUACCGCAGCGAUGUUUGCUCCAAUUCCAGCGAAAGUUGAGACGUUAACGAUUGUCACGGAAGACAACAGUGGUAUCGACAUGCAAAUCAGAAAUUAUGUUUCAGACGUCAUCAAUCAAAAGAAUUUUCCAGCAAAGCAACUCAAAUUUCUCAACCUCAUAUCAAGAGACGAUGCAUUCUCAGUGAACCCCAAAUCCUUUCACAUCCUUGCUGUUGAUGGAUCGGAGAAUCAAUUGUAUAACAACGAAGUAGAUCAGGAUUUUCGGAUGGUUCUUCACAGAAUUUUCAUGCGUACUGGAAGAAUUCCCUUGAUUGCGAUCUACAAUGAUCCCAUGGCGAUUCAAGGACGUAUACUCUCAGCAGAAUAUACGCAACUGUCAGAAUAUGGAUUCAUGAUGCCAUAUGUUUCAAACUGUUUCAGUUAUAACCACACUCCGAACGAAGAGCAGUUUGACUGGCUGUCAAUCAAGCUGGCAUAUGCCUUGAAUCCAAACAGCACCAACGAGGCAGCAUUGCUGUCCUUCAUAACAGGCAAUCCCAAUUUAGCUUCCAUAAAAACCAUCUUAGAUUAUAUCGAACAGAUGCAAAGAAACAGAAAGAAACAGAAGCUACAUCUGAUGUGUGCUGCUGAAGUUCACGAUGCACCUAUUGAGCACAAAUACUUACAAGAGUCCAAGGAAUUGAAGAAUGACGACAGCAAUUCUUUCGAAUCCCCAAGUAACUGGGAAAUUCCAGUGAACGGCUCUGACAAAGCAUCAGCGAAUCGGCAUGAUAAUGUGGAACUUUCUGACCUUAACGGCGCUGAAAAGAAUCUGUUCACACGACCGAUUGAAGUACCAGAUACCAACAAGAACUCUUAUCAGAACGCCUGGACCUACCUGGAGAGGUUGAAGGGGGAACAUGAAGCAGCGAUUCAAUCUGAAGCAAUGAAAUCUACAUUCUCAGGCGAAGACUUGAUUGAGAAAGCAAAGCGAUUAAACGAGCGGGCUGAGCAAGAAAAGAACGAGCUCAUUCGCAGACUGAAAAUGCGCGACGAAGAGAAGUCAGAGACUGAAGAAAAUCAAACGUUGGUAGCAAGUAAAGUAGACGAGAGCCAAACAUUGAUAGCACAUGAAAUUCCGAGGUCAGGAAAAGAAUCUGCGGUCCUCACAGGAACAGAUUCAUUGGGAGGCUCAGACGUUGGUUACCAUCAUGAAUCAAAGAAGACAGUUGAAAAUUCUCCAGAGAUAGCAAGCGACUACAGUCUUAUUGAAGAAAAUCUUUCCCAUGCCAACAGGAAUCACAUCGCUCCUUCUGCUGAAACAAGGAACGACAUUGUUGACAAAGUGGAGGCAAAUACGCAUGCAGCUCCUGAAGAGAUUCCUGUACAGAAGGACAACCCUGCCUCAAAGGUACCUGAAAUCAUCGAAGAGAUCAAGCCGGUCAAAGAAGAACUCCAUCGCUUGAAUUCCAACGGAACUUCACAAGAUUCGAAUGUUAGAAUUCCUCGCGUUCUUCCCAUCAGGCCGUCCACAGAUUUUGCAGGUCAUGACGUGCACAGGCAAGAGAAAAAUGGACAUGCAGAUAAUCUGGUUCAAGCAGAAUUGGAAGGACAUUCGAACCUUCGAGAUCAUCGAGCAAACGUGGAACAUUGUGGGGUGGGUGUGAUGCUGGGCCUGGAGAAGAAGACGGGCAAGAUUCUUGUCUCCAAUGUCGAGGCGGGAAGCAGCGCUGCCAAGUGUGGAAUUCAAGUUGGAAGUGUGGUCAUGACCAUCGACGGAGCUCGCGUGCAAGGGAUGAAAGUGACGGAAGUGAAUGAGAUGCUUCUCGGAGCAGCGCACACGGCAGUCGUUAUCGGCUUGCAGGACAAGCGCUAUGGGCCGGAGGUUCGAGACUUCGCAGUGAUCCGGCAGGCUCCACGUCCUCACGUGCCGACUGAAAAGAAGGUGAGGAGCAGCACUGAAAACAUCGCCUAUCGCAGUCAGAGCAGCUCAGAUCUGUCAACAACUUCCACAGAGGGUCGAUCUUCACGGCAGGACCUGGACGGCGAGCCCUGGCCAGUGCAGCAGCAGAGCGAUCGAUCGUACAAGAGCGAUAACCAGCUCAAGGAUCGUCUGUUUAGUGACUACGAGAAUGGAGGGUUGCAACCUCAAGGAGUGAGUCGAAGGGGAGGGAGCGAGAUUCGGGUUCUGUCCCCCGACCAGAUCUCGCGCGUUGCGAUACCCUCCCCGACGUCGAUGUCGGAUAAAAAGCAGAACCAAGAUUUCGAUGCGUGGCUGCAUCAUCUGGAGCAGCAUAUGGUUCGUGGAAAGAGUCGAAAUCUCAACCAGUCGUUCUCAUAA